UCCGCUCUCUUUCGUCGAAAUCCAUCGCCUUCCUAACCGAACCCUCGCGCGAUAUAGUAGCAAUUAGAGCUGGCUGAGAACGCAACGACGGGAUCACGGCUUACAGAGACCCGCAGAUCCCAUUCUUCUGCUCCUCUCCUACCCGAAAUCAUUGAGAAAGGCAACUUCAGAUCUUCCUUUUAGCGCAAAAGCCCAUCCCGGAUUUACUGAAACCGCCGAUUCACGGGAUUUAAGGCGAAAUCCGGGAAAUCCCGUGAAAUCCGGAUUUAUCAAAUCUGCGGUUUUUUUAGGUUAAAUUUAGGUUAAAUCCUCCUCUAAAUCUGCUACCAGACAUGCCCUAAAUCCUCUUCUUCAAAAGGGCAAGGAUUAUCGCUGCCGGUGGUCAAACUAUCAGAUCCAGAAGUUUACAGCACACGAAAUGAACCCUUUUGGCUGUGGCGCUGGUUCUCGCCUGCUGUAAUUCGGAUUCAUUCGGUGUUUUUCAAUUGUUUUUCGAGUGAAUGGAUUUUGAAGGGAAAACACCACGUCUCCUUGUGCUUUACGCUUCCCAGACUGGGAAUGCAAUGGAUGUCGCAGAUCGCGUGGGAAGAGAGGCGGAACGUGGUGGCUGCCCUUCUGUUGAUAUUUUGUCCAUGGAUGCAUUCGAUGCGAGCUUUUUGCACGAGGACCGAAUAGUCAUUUUUGUUGUGUCAACUACUGGCCAAGGAGAGAACCCGGAUUCCAUGAAGGUUUUCUGGAAGUUUCUUUUGCAGAAGCAUUUGAGUCAUAACUGGCUGGAUGGUUUGAAUUAUGCAGUGUUCGGACUUGGAGACUCUGGUUACCAAAAGUACAAUUUCUCUGCAAAAAAGUUGGAUAGAAGGAUUAUAGAUCUUGGGGCAAAACCUAUCAUAGAGAGAGGCUUGGGAGAUGAUCAGCACCCCUCUGGGUAUGAAGGUUCCCUUGACCCUUGGUUGUUGUCCUUGUGGAAUAAACUAAACCACAUGAAUCCUGCAUUUUUACCAAAAAUUUCGGAUAUAUUUGAUAGCAAUAGGAGAAGUCUAGAUCAUUCUAAAUAUGAAGUCACCUAUCACAGUUCUAAUGAGUUGCAGCCAGAUUUUUUGUCAUUUCAUGGUUUUGAGAAUACGGUUGAGAUAGCUCGUUCAGUGUCUUCUAUUGCGCAGCACUGCAAUGUUGAUAAUAGGAGACGUUGCUCCCUACGGUUGGUGACAAAUAAGAGAUUGACUAAAGGUGAUCCCGAUAGAGAUGUGCGUCAUUUUGAAUUCGAAUUUAUUUCAUCU